AAUCCGUGGACGUCCUGGGGUCUCAGGGUUGGAUUGGAUUCCUUGUGGAAGGUCUCUUGUGGUCGAGCUCCUGCUGCACGCCUGCCCGCGCCGCGCCCGGCCCUCCUCCGCUGCGGGCCCCGGCCAUGGCGCCGGGGCAGCAGCUCCCCCUGCUCGCGGCGCUCGCGCGCGCGGCCCGGGCGGCCUUCGCGGGCGAGUGCGUGCAGGACCUCCCGGCGGGGUGCGUUCACGUGACCUUCUGGCUGCCCCCUGAUCCGAUGCCGGCCAGCACGGAGGAUGCCCUCGCUUGCGACCAGGCGGCGCUCCCGAACAAGUUCGAGGUCGAGAUGGCGUGGUCGCAGGCGGAGGCCGGGGCCGCGUUCUCGGCCUGGUUGGGCGCGGGCGCGGCGGCGAUGGUGUGCCUGCCGCCCAGCUGCGGGGCGGACGCGCGCGGCGGCGUCGCGCUCGGCGAGGCCCACCUCGGCGCCUUCCUCCUGUGCGUGACCGCGCUCGCGGACGACGCGCGCUGCGCGGGCGUCGUCCACGGCAGCGUCCAGGGGUUUGUGGACGUCGGCGUCCGGCUGAUCUCUGUCGUGGUGGCGCCC